CUUGGUCGUGUGUACAUUUUGAUAGUAAUUUUUUUAAACGGCAUAUCAAUACCCUAAUAGGCAUUAAGAAUAAAAAGGGAACAAUGUCCGAGCAAGGACAAGUGCUGGGCAAAGAGACGUGGCCCGCGGAGGCUGAGUCGGCCAUCAGCGACAUCCGCAAGCACGUGAAGGCAGCUAACAUCUCGCCGCAGCUGAAAAGCUCCAACCAGCGCAUCUUCAUCAACCUGACAACCCUGGAGAAUACAGAGUACUGCAUCGAAAUGUCGGCCGCGGGUUUCAGAGUUGUUGGACGAAAGUAUGAUGACACCGCGCUCUCUACAAUUGAGAAUAUGAACUACGAAACGCCCUAUGCAUUGCUGAACAGCAUCAGCCAGAAGUACCGCGAAUCUUUCGGCGGAGAGCUCAUGAACAAACUUCUAGACCUGGCCAAGAACGCCGAGGGUUGAGCGUUAUAAAACGCGCGCGAACCACUAGUUGUAGACUUCGAAUGUGUCAACAAACAUGUCAGUAUUCAUCCGUGCUAUAUUUUCAGUUCCUCGAGUGAGCCACUGUACAGAUUUUAGUAUGCCGUUUGUAUUAUCGCACAUUUUUUCGCUGCACAGAUUUAUAUUUUAUUGUUAUAGUUGUUAUUUAGACUGACGUGGCCUAUUUGAUACUGAGGUCAAUUUUGGGGUCCAUUGGGGUUGAGGAUGUGAAAUUUCGGCGGUCGGGGGGUGGAAUUGUAUUAGUAUUAACUUCGACUGUAACAUUUAUCUGUUUUCCUUUUACUGUCUGAGCUGCGUAGUGUUAGACAUUUGUAUCGUGCGGGGCGCAAUGUAGCUUACGACGGUUUUACAGUACAAGAACAGACUGAGUACAAAACGUAUUUAUAGUAUACAAGUAUGUGACCACAUGCUGAGUAGUUACUGUGUUGUGAUAGUAAACUGGUUUUCAAUUUGA